AUGGAUAUUUUUAGAAUCUUAAGUCGGGGCGCUGCUCUCAAGACGAGUAAAUCUGCCACGGCAGAUUUUUCGGGAAACUCUCAUAAGGAAAAAACUGAGAAAGAUCCUAGCUCCAUUCAGGCUGAUGUUGAUAGAGAAACCGAUUUCUUUAGGACAAAAACCCAUAAGAAAAAGCCAGAAGAAACAAAUCAACCCGAAAAAAAGACCGAAGCUGAGGAGCCUCCAAAAGCUGUCAUCACAAACUCAGAAGAAGCAGCAAAGUUUCGUAAAUCUGCAGGUUCUAAAGUGUCGGGCCACGAUGUACCUUUACCCAUUGGCUCAUUCGAAGACCUUGUGUCUCGUUUCCAAAUAAACAAAAGACUACUACACAACCUUCUAGACGCUGAGUUUGUUGAGCCCACGCCGAUCCAGUGUGAGGGGAUCCCUGCAGCAUUAAAUGAUAGAGAUCUUAUUGGGUGUGCACCUACAGGUUCCGGUAAGACGUUGGCAUUUUUGAUCCCGAUGAUCCAGACUCUUUUACAGACUGCUCCACAGAAAAACAAGAAAAUCAGAGGUCUUAUUAUUGCUCCCACAAAUGAGUUGGCAUCGCAGAUAUUUCAACAACUACAAGUUCUCACAAAGGGAUACAAAAACUUGCCUAGUGCUAUUCUUUCGCGACAAAUGGCCACAAGGCUUCAGGAUGGAAUUGUGUCUUCUACAAAAUAUGCCAUUAUAGUCUCCACGCCCUUGCGUCUUCUUGACAUUGUCAAAAACGGUCACGCAGACUUAACCACUGUGGAACAACUAGUCAUUGAUGAGGCCGAUAGGCUUUUUGACAAGGGCUUUGUGGAGCAGACAGAUGCUCUUUUGGCCAACAUGACAAACCCCAAGUUGCGGAAAUCUAUAUUCUCGGCCACAAUCCCAUCCGGUGUGGAGGAACUUGCAAAUUCGAUCAUGAGAGACCCAGUCCGAAUCAUUGUGGGCCACAAAGAGGCAGCUUCCCUGAAUAUUGACCAGAAAUUGGUGUUCACGGGAAGUGAAGACGGCAAGCUCGUGGCCAUCCGUGAAAUGCUACAGAAGGGCGAGUUCAAGCCUCCUGUAAUUAUAUUCUUACAGAGCAUUACUCGUGCGAAGGCGUUAUUCCACGAAUUGCUCUAUGACAAGUUGAAUGUGGACGUUAUCCACGCAGAAAGGACGCCAAAACAAAGAGACGAGGUGAUUAAGAGGUUCAAGAACGGUGACAUCUGGGUUCUCAUCACUACUGACGUUUUAGCUAGAGGUGUGGACUUUCGAGGCGUGAAUCUCGUUAUCAACUACGACGUUCCACAAACUGCACAAGCAUACGUUCACAGAAUCGGUAGAACAGGCCGUGGUACUAACAAGGGCAAAGCGGUGACGUUUUUCACGAAGGAGGACACUCAGGCCGUGAAACCGAUCGUGAACGUGAUGAAGCAGUCAGGAUGCUCCGAUGGCUACAGUGAUUGGAUGGAGAACAUGGGCAAAUUGUCUUAUUUUGACAAGAGGAAAGUCAAGACACAGCAGAUUGAGAGAGCAGGUAUCAGUACAGUGCCGAAGAUUGUAAAGCAAAAGAGGAAACAGCGGCAAGAGAUGAUUGAAGCGUCCAAGAGGAGAAAACAGCAGAGCAAAAAAGGGGGAGAUGACAAUUGA